CUCCUGACGCCCAAGUCGAAGCGCGUCGCGACGAACGCGAUGCCGAAGUUCAAGGCCAGAGCCGAGGCGGCCGAGCACGACACGGACAACUGGGAGGUGGGUGCGCGACACGGACAAGCCUGCUACUUCUCUCCCGGCGGCCGCCUGUACAUGCAUGUACCCGCCGCCCUGACGCGCAUGGACGAGGGCCCGAAGCUGCCCACGCGCGCCGAGCAGAUCAAGGCCGCCGGCGGCAUCAAGGCCCGCUUGGCGUUGUGCCUCUCGCGAGCGACGCUCCUGGCGCCGGACGAGGUCGCCUACCUGCGUCCGACGCCAUUGACGCGACUCACGACUCAAUCGCGCAGGCGAGUGCCAUCCAGCUCCUACGCGACCGCUUCGCUGCCUACCCCGAGGUGCGGUCGUUCCUGGCGGCCUACGACGAGCCGCACCGCACGGUCGGCGACAAGGUCGCGGCCCUCCUCACGCCGACGCGGCACCACGUCAUCUCGCGCGCGCAGCACGCUCGCGUCAAGGGCGGCUCGAGGGUAGGCGGGCUCACCGCGCUCGGCUUCGGCGUGCUCAAGGCGCGGACUCAAGGCCAAAAUUCCAGUGGCACCAACUUCGUUAAGGACGACGACGGCAACCAAGUCUACACGUUCUCGAUCACGAGCGAGAACACGGGCACCGACAAGUCCCACAAGAAGAACGGCGCCUACGCGACACCGCAAGCGGCGCGACCCGGCGUCCGCUUCCGUCGACCGUCCGGGACCGAACCGCGUUGCCGCACAGGCCGCCGCCGCCUACGACGUCGUCGCGCGGCGCGAGGCGCUGCCCGUCAACACGCCGACGUCCGUGCUCGAGGCCUGUCGCUCGGUCGUCGCGGCGACGCUCUUCUACGGGACCGGCCUCUACCACUACGUCCGCAAGUAUAGCGGCAAGUACCAGGGCUGCAUCAAGGUCCGCGGAAUCGAUGUCGUGACCCCGACCGUCGCCUCCGCCGAGCUCGCCGCCGCGCUCGUGACGACCGGUCUCGAGGCGCUCGACCGGCGUCCUUUACAACGACUCAAGCACUUUUCUAACGCAACGCCCCGGCGCAGGAGUACCACAAGCUCGCCGCUGCCGCGGGCCUCGAGAAGCCCGUGUGCAAGGGCCUGAACCUGGGCCUCUCGGUCCACGUCGAGCGCGACCUCAUCAUCAAGGUCACGGUCUGCGUCCGUAUAUCGACGCGACUCAUCGUCUGUCGCGCAGGUCCAGUCCAAGGUCCGCUCCGUGUUCGCGGCCGAGGGGACUUA